AUGUUUCUUUAAGCUUAAAAAAAGGUUCUUCACUCUCACACAACUAUACUGAUGAAAUCUAAUCUUCAACACUUGCUGUUCGUGCCUCUGAAUGUUGCUUUUCUGUGCAUCAGUGAUGCCCAAAAAAACCCAGAACACAAUCAUUCAAAAAAAUGCCUCCUCCUGGUGUGUGCCUGGAUAUUAUGAAGGAACGUCGGGAGAGUGAUGGUGUGGGCUCACAUACCAACCCGGAGAAGUUUCUGGACCAGGAUUAUGAGCUGUUGCACCAGUAUUAUCUUGUUCGAGGCAGGAGAUUCAUAGAUAAUAUGUUCCCUCCAGACAACAUGUCUAUUGGUGAAAGGCUACUGUCUCCUGAUGACAUGGCCAGUGUGCAAUGGAUAAGGCCAACGAAAUUGGUGUCAAAUCCUCAUCUUGUUGUUGAUGGAAUAUCCAGAUUUGACUUUGCCCAAGGAAAUGUUGGAAACUGCUGGUUUUUGGCUGCACUUGGUGCUCUGACAUUUCAGAAACACAUCAUGGAAAAGGUCUUUCCUUCUGGACAGUCAUUUCACAAGGAUUAUGCAGGAAUAUUUCACUUCAGGUUCUGGAGGUUUGGGAAAUGGGUUGAUGUUGUAAUUGAUGACAAACUGCCCACCAUCAAUGGCCGACUCAUUUUUGUACAUCCUAAAAGUUCCAGAGAUCCAAUUGAGUUUUGGCCUGCUUUGAUAGAGAAGGCAUAUGCCAAAGUUUGCGGCUCCUAUGAGGACAUGCAAAAUGGUGCUGUGUCUGAAGCCCUGCUGGACUUUACUGGUGGUAUUCACAUGGCAGUCAGACCAAAUAAGAGACCUCAUGGGCUGUGGGACCUCAUUCACCGAGCAGCCACAGCCAACUCUCUGAUGGGUUGUGGAACGCAUGGAAAUGCAGAGUUGAACCGAAGGCUGGACAAUGGCCUAGUGGAGGGUCAUGCCUACACCGUGACAGGGGUCACUACGGUAACAAGCCAGGAUAAGAAGGUUGAGCUGGUAAGGCUCUUCAACCCGUGGGGAGGCACAGAGUGGAAGGGAGACUGGAGUGACAUAUCACUACUAUGGAAAACAGUAAGUGCAGAAGAGCGUAAAAGGUACUUGAAGGCUGUCGACGAUGGAGAAUUCUGGAUGUCUAUAGAGGAUUUCUGCAAAACCUUUUCUGAGCUGGAUAUCUGCAGUCUCUGCCCUGAUUUUCUGGAUGGCUCCUCUAACUGCAGCUGGACCUCCACAUUACACGAAGGCUGUUGGCUCGCUGGAACUUCAGCUGGGGGUUGCAAGGAAUGUCAAGAUACAUUCUGGACAAACCCUCAGUUUCAAGUGAGGAUCAAUAAGAUGAAUAAGGCCUGUGAACAAACACAGGGGCCCAACAUACUCGUGUCGCUCAUGCAAAAACCUGACAAGAGGAACAGACACCUUAUCAGAAAACUUUUCAUUGGCUUCAGUAUUUUUAAGGUUCCAUCAGAGAUGAAAGGCUAUAGAGGGAAGUUCACAGCUUCAUUCUUUGACUCCAAUCCUCCUGUGGCCUACACUGAGAAGUUGUAUGAUUCACGUGAAGUGAUGGAUUACUUCAUGCUGGAAUCAGGAGAUUAUCUCAUCGUGCCCCACACUUACUAUCCCAAUCGAUCGGCCUCCUUCAUCUUGGGCAUUCUCUCAAAGAUGGAGACCCACACUGUAGAGACCUCACAUGUCAUGGAUAAGAUGAACUUUUCUGACAGCCAGAAGGUUCCCUUUUCCCGACAACUUUCUGAUCAGUAUAAAGAUAUCAAUGCAGAGCAGCUGCAGAAGCUUCUAAAUGAUGUGUUUGUGGGAGGAGAUGUACAAAACACAGGAGGCUUCAGCUUGGAUGUUUGCCACAGUAUCAUUGCAUUAAUGGAUAUGUCAGUUACUGGAACACUCGAUGCUGCAGAACUGUCUCAGCUGUUGAAUAAAGUCGAUCUGUAUAAGAAAAUGUUCUUCUGCAUGGACAAAAACAGAGAUGGCAUUCUGUCACUGAUUGAACUGCGGCAUGCAUUGGUUGGAAUGGGCUUGCAUAUCAGUGACAGCUUGCUGAAACUUAUGACUUUUCGCUUCGGGGACUCCAGUGGACGAAUCAGCAUGGAGAACUUCAUUGUUCUGGCUCUUCGGUUGAGCUGCAUGGCCAAAACAUUCAGAAAACUCACUGAUGGGCAUGAAAUACACCUUAAAAUGGAAGAGUGGCUGCGCCUCACCAUAUACUCCUGAAGAAGUAGUAGAAGACAUAUUGGCAGCAUUGGGACCACUCUUGCUGAGACAACACUUCAGUUAAUGGGAAAGCCUUAGAUUACUUUUGUAAGCUUUUGUUAAUUGUACUUACUUACUGAAAUAAGUAGAAAUAUAUGUAUUUGUCUAUCAUCUUCCAUUAGGGGAAUUUCUGACUAGCUCUCUUGCAAAAACAGAAUUCAAAAGCUAGUUCAUAGAUAAUAGCAUGGUUAAUGGUAUGUUAUAUAAAAUGAGUUAUUGAUUUUUAGACUCUUCUUUUGUUUAGUUUAUCUGGCCAGUUGCUUUACUAGGUAAGUCUCUGUUCAACAGGUAUUGCCAGAGCUGUGGUGCAACUGAUUUAACACUGCACUGCACAUCAGACUAGAACAUAUUGGCCUGUACCAUAAGCUGGUUGAACGUGACUGUGUAGUGUCUACAGCAGGACUUGAUUUUAAGAAAGGCAGUGAGGACACGACCUCAUCUCCUGUAUGAGUGUGCCAUCUAGUGGCAGUAAACAAAAAAAACCUUCAGUGAAUUUAAUUGCAGUCAUCAGCUGUGCUCCAACACACCUGUUCCAACUUAUCAGUUUAUUACAAGGUUCAGUUGUGUGUUAAAUCACUGAUGCUUUUAAGGGUCAUAACUGUCUCUUCACCUUUUGGGUAUUGAGAUUUGAGUAGGACAAACUUUGGUACAUUGAGCCUUUCUGUCCUCUCACCAUAAUGCAUGUUCUAUUUUUAUUCAACAAUGUAACAAUUUAUACAAAUUGACAAGUAGUCAUCAAGAUAAAGACUAAAAGCUUACUAAGGCUAUUUUUUACAUUAUAAGUGCACAAAACUAAAUAAAGCUGGUUUUAUUUUAGAUCACAGUUGCUCAGUCAUGGUGAUCUACCAUCCUGCAGAGUUUAGCUUGAACUCAAAUCUAGCACGUGAUCCAUUUUAUGAAGGCCUUCAUAGGCAUCUUAAAAUUACCAGGUGAGUUGGAUCUGAACUCCCCAGGACCAGAAUCAGGCAACCCUGCUUCAGAUCACCCAAGAUAAAUACAGAUUUUGUUAGUAUUAAUCCUGAUUUUGAGUAUCAGUGUGGAGGCAUAAAACUUGAGAUACAUUAUAAGACCAAAUGUUUGGCAUCCAACAUUUUUCUGAAAGCAGGCCUAUUAACAUGCUAAAUUACCAAAAGGUGAGCGGUGGGGGAUUUCCCUUUAUUGCUGUACUGUUAGCUUUUACUGUUCUUACACCAGAUGUUGGAACAUAGCUGUGUUCCUGGUCUGGAUCCCAAAUUACACUCCAGCUCAUCCGUAAGGUACUGGAUGGACAUGGAUAGAUUAAGGAGUAAGAAUGCAUUAAAAACUGAAAUAUCAACAAACUACUGCUUGAAAUGUACACAGAAAACCACCAUAUCAUUUCUGCAUAUUCCUUUACAGUUAUUUAGUGUCUCAUGUGCUGUUAGUUUGAGCAUGAGUGUUUAUUCUCCUCUUUCCCUGAACUGGCAAGAUUACCAGUUCAGUGACACUUCUGGAAGAGCUACAGGAAACAAAACUUAAAACUGUACACAGUUCAAACAAUUCAUUCACUAAAAAUACAUCCAUUUACAGUCAAAUAUAAAAAGAACAAACUAUACAAAAUGUAGGUCACAGGAAUUUGUUACCCUUUGUGCUUAAUUGUAUAGAGACUAGGCAAGUUAUCAGGGUCUAUGCAGUCAAGUGUCACACAGUGCGGAAGAACAAAAUGAACGUAGCUCUAGUCAACCACAAUCAAACGAACAAUGUAAAGCAAUGAAUUAAUUACAAAUACUGUUGUCCAGGACAUCAACUGCUAACAGGGUAAGACAGUAUAAACAGUAUAUGACAGUAUAAACAAAAUGACUUUGUUUGACCUGUUUAGCAAAGUUAUGUUGCACAUUCUUAUCCACAGAAAUGGAACUGCCCAAAGAGAUAAUGUCUCCAUAAUGUGACUGGUGUAAACGAACCGUAUUAUUCAACGCUCCAUUAGCAUGGGCUAAUGCAGUGUUAUUAUCAGAUUCUGUGGCUGUUCGGCAGAGACAUAUACUGAGGGUAGUAACAGACAAGACAUAAAACAAAACAAUAAAUACACAAAAAAUUUGCAGAAGUCCUUCGGUUUUAAAAAUGGUGAUUUGCAUGCUGGGAAAAUGACCUCAAAAUGUUUAAUUACUGAGUUAAGCAAUAAAUAAAGCUGUGUCAUGUUAAAAUA